AAGGCUUACGACACCAUUGACGUUUACAACGCAAGCUUCUCUGCAAAGCACAGAAUCACAAACAGAAAGUCCAAAGGGGAAUUCAUUACCUUCUGGAGCUAUUGCAGCUGGAAGCUCGGUGGUCAUUCUCUUCAUCUUAGUGGUAAUCGUUUUAAGCACCGUCUUGUUCAGAAGGCGUCGUGCGGCUAAACCUGUCUCACCCGAUGAUGAAAACGAAAUGGAGAACUAUGCCGCGGUUGCAAACUGCUACGAAGAUAGCAAGCCAGCAGACAGUAAUCCUCACGCACCAUAUUAUCUAACGCUUGAGCCAGACAGCGAUCAAAAUGAUGGAUUUGGGGAUUCCGACACACCCUCUGUCAUCAAGGGUUCGAAUGGUUGGUAUAAAACUGAUACCGAAGAUGGUUUCGUGGAUAAUGUUUUAUAUGGAACAAGUGAUGAACAAACUGUGAGCCCGUCAUCAUUGAAUCAUAACUCUACUGAUCAUAAGGUAGCGAAACACCACGCCAUAACUACAUCUCAUCGGAGUCCUGGACGUCCAAAACCUGGUCAUCCCAAGAGCGGUGCUCCCGAAACUGAUGAGGACGCUUAUGAAGGUUAUGAAGAUGAAAAGGUUAUGGUUGACAACGAGCUUUACGGUGCUCCAUCCCCGAUAACUUCUCGCGCACACAAGCACGGCGCGGUGGCUGAUCAGGAAAAUGACGCCGUUUAUGAAAACCCUGACGGGAACGUCUAUGAAACUUAUGAGGAAGAUGACUCAAUGGUCGACAACGAACUCUACGGUACAGUAACCCCGCCUACUUCCCGUGCUGAUAAUAUGAACGAUGCGGUGGUUGGAGAGGGGGACGGUGAGAUGUAUCAAAACACCGAAUUCCAUUCAGUGCCAACUAACUUGAUAGCGAAUGAAUUUUACAAAAGCGUAGAUGAAAUUUAAUUCAGUUCAGUACUAUUCGUUGUAUAUAUUAUACCAUUCACAUCAUGGUGUAUGUCUUCCAAAGGCUACCAUGUGCUAUGGGCAAUAUUGUCAUAACUUAUACAACACCUACGUGGAUCCUUGUCAUUUGAUUGGAGGAUUGUUGGUCACAUGAUAUUCAAUAGAUGUUAUAUUGCACGGUUGUUAUCAUAACAUAGUUGUUAAUUUGUAAAGUGCAUCAAUCGUUCUAAAACAGUUUGAAAGAAAAUAUCGGGAAUGUUCCAAACUUCCCUUGUGCUAGAUUGUACAGAUUUCAAGGGUGAGAUAUAAUUUUACAUGAAUUUGAAUCUAAUGAUUGAAGCGAUUAUUUCUCAAUCAUUGAAAAAGUCGAAUUUGAACUCGGUACGUGCAAGCAAUCGAAUAAAAAGAUAUAAAUGAUCAAUAUAGUAAUAUUCAUUGUCAUUUAAUCCUAUGAACCAGGGUACAAUGGAUAUUCUACUGUUAAAGGGAUAGCUGAGUCCUUGUUUCAGACCGCAAAUGCCUACACAGUGCAUAGUUAUUGUUCUUAUUGUUAUUAAUGACAUUUCUAGUUAUCUGUAAUGACCUACAAUUGCUAUGAAGAUAAUUUUAGCCAUCACGAUCAAACCAAUUCAGCUCCACUUUCAAGAAGAAAAGAAAAAAAAAUCGGUGACCGUUAAUGAAUUAAUUGAUUAUUACAAAACAAUACACGGGCCGGAUGGUUGUGCUUAUUAUACCCCACACGAAAAAGCCAACACAAAGCUCACAUCGGCAUGGCUGGAAUAAAACGUAUAAGGCACUAUGGCUGGU